CAACUGCCGAUUGGUCAGCCUGAAAUCGCAGCUUUUUCCUCAACCCUUCAACUGGUUUCUAAACACACAGCUCAUGCAAAAUGGCUCUGUCGCUUUGCGACCUUCAAGCUCUUCCUUCUUCCUCCUUUCGCCCAAGACAAACCCAUCUCAACAUUCGUCCCAAAGCCCUCCGUUUCGCCGCCGAAACUAACUCGUCCUUCAAUUUCUCAUCGCUACGCCGCUAUAACAACAGAUUCGCCCGCAUCUCUGCGCCAAAAUCAGCUUCCCUGAAUGGGUUUCUGGGGCAAAGUAAUAACCCAGAAGAGUCGUCGGAAGAACUCCGGCGGAAAAGCAACGAGGAGUUAUCCAAUAGGCUCCUGAGGUGGGUGGUUUUUGUCAGAUCAAUUUUGCCCGGAGGGAGGUGGUGGAGCUUCCCCGAGCACGUCGAAGUUGCACUUACGGCCAAGCCUGUGACUCUGUUGCGGGCUCUUUCUCGGAUGUGGGAGUUGAUUUCUAAGGAUCGAUGGGUCAUCUUUGCGGCUUUUACUUCCCUUAUUAUUACAGCUUUUUCAGAGAUCUCGAUACCACAUUACCUGACAGCAUCAAUCUUUUCUGCGCAAAGUGGGGAGAUAGCAGUCUUCCACCGGAAUGUGCAUCUUUUGAUUCUACUCUGUCUCAUUGCAGGAAUUUGCAGUGGCAUACGAGGUUGCUGUUUUGGCAUCGCAAAUAUGAUUCUUGUAAAGCGAAUGAGGGAAACUUUAUACUCCACUCUUCUUUACCAGGAUAUAUCAUAUUUUGACGCCGAAACAGUUGGUGAUUUGACUAGCAGACUUGGAGCAGAUUGUCAGCAAGUGUCACGUGUUAUUGGAAAUGAUCUUAAUUUGAUAUUAAGGAAUCUUCUUCAGGGGAUAGGUGCACUGGUUUACUUGUUGAUUUUAUCAUGGCCACUUGGAUUAUGUACAUUGGCAAUAUGCUCUGCUCUCUCAGCCAUUAUGCUGUUAUACGGCCAGUACCAGAAGAAAGCAGCAAAGUUGAUUCAAGAAUUCACUGCUUCUGCCAAUGAUGUUGCUCAGGAGACAUUCUCUUUGAUGAGAACUGUUCGAGUGUAUGGAACUGAGAAACAAGAACUUGGCAGGUACCAGCAGUGGCUGGGAAAGUUGGCUGAUGUAAGCUUGCGGCAAAGUGCAGCAUACGGACUUUGGAAUCUUAGUUUUAACACACUUUAUCACUCAACACAGGUAAUUGCUGUGCUGAUAGGAGGAGUAUCUAUUCUGCAUGGUCAAAUAACAGCAGAGCAAUUGACAAAGUUCAUAUUGUACAGUGAAUGGCUUAUCUUUUCAACUUGGUGGGUGGGGGACAGUUUGUCAUCAUUGAUGCAGUCUGUUGGGGCAAGUGAAAAAGUCUUCCAGUUAAUGGAUCUCUUUCCCAGUGAUCAGUUCCUAGCUCGAGGAUUAAAGUUGCAAAGGCUGAUGGGACAUAUUGAAUUUGUGAAUGUAUCUUUUUAUUAUCCUUCAAGAGCAAUGGUACCUGUAUUAAAACAAGUAAAUAUCUCAGUGCAUCCUAAUGAAGUGAUUGCAAUUGUUGGCCUUAGUGGUAGUGGUAAAAGCACUAUCGUAAACCUUCUGCUUCGUCUUUAUGAGCCAACAAGUGGUCAGAUUUUAAUUGAUGGAUUCCCUCUCAAAGAAAUGGAUGUCAAGUGGCUCAGGGAAAGAAUUGGAUAUGUGGGACAGGAACCUCGACUUUUCCGGAUGGACAUCAGUUCAAACAUCAGAUAUGGAUGUAACCGAGAUAUUAAGCAGGAGGACGUUGAAUGGGCUGCCAAGCAGGCAUAUGCUCACGGCUUCAUCUUAUCCCUGCCUGAUGGUUAUGAAACAAUUGUUGAUGAUGAUUUACUCAGUGGAGGACAAAAGCAACGAAUUGCAAUUGCCCGUGCUAUUCUUAGGGACCCAACCAUUUUGAUCUUUGAUGAAGCGACUAGUGCUCUAGAUGCAGAGAGUGAACAUUAUGUUAAGGGGGUCCUUCGCGCUGUCAGGAAUGACCAGGAGAGUAAGAGAACCGUCAUAGUAAUUGCACACAGGCUGUCCACAAUACAAGCUGCUGACCGGAUAGUGGUAAUGGAUGGUGGUCAAAUUGUUGAGAUGGGCAACCACACAGAGCUUCUCUCCAAGGACGGACUGUAUGCGCGACUAACCAAGAGACAAGCCGAUGCUGUGGCAUGAUGGAAUGUCUCGAUGCAUGGAUGUUCCUAUAUUAUCCAUAUUCGCCUUCAGAGGCAUGGAAACGGAUGGCAUUAUGGUGGCGAAACAGCACCUUUCCACCUGCGACACGUACAUUAGCGCCAGUACGGCAACUACAUCCGAAGCUUUUCAGUAGUAGAGGACACAAAGAAGCAGCGGCAUUGUUUCCAUGCCAUUCAAGCUCUAACAUAUACUUCCCAUUCUGUUAUAACUGUUGGGAGAAAGCAGGACCCUAAACUGGGUACUGCACAUUGAUUGUGUAAUUUUUUACCUCUAUGUUGCAGGCACAGCCUCAAUAGAACAUCGAUUCUUUACACCCUGUUAUUGUACUGCGGAACUACAAAAACAACAAAUAUGAUAAGAAGAUUCGAAGGUGGCACUAAUUUCAACCC